GGCCUUUGGCCCAGCCGAAGGCGCCUCCGAGCGAGCCAUGGGCGAGGCGAAGGCGACGGCGGUCGCCUUUGGCCGGGCGAUCGGGGCAAACGCCAGGGAGGCGCAGUGGCGCGAGGCCCUGGAGCUGCUGACUCGAGCGGAGGCCUUGGAAUUGCAAGUGAACUUGAUCUCCUACAACGCGGCCGCGAACGCGUGUGAGAAAGCUGAAAGGUGGCCAGAAGUCCUGGACCUGGUGGGGGGUUUGAAUGACAAGUCCCUGCAGGGCGAUCGCUUCUCCUUGAGCUCUCUCCUCUCCGCGCUCAGUGCAGGACACCAUUGGCAGGCGGCCACGCGUGCCCUGAGCGACCGCUCCUUCCAGCCCGACGCCGUGGCCUACAACGCCGCCCUCGGCGGCUGCAGCACCGCGAGCGGCUGGGCGCCCGGCCUGGAGCUCUUGGAAGGUCUGCGCCAGGAGGGUUUGCAGUGCAACAUCUUCCUCCUGAACUCCUGCCUCGCGCUGCGGAGCAGCUGGGCUCGGGCCGUGGCCUUGCUGCGCCUCGGCGCCCGCUGGGCGCUGGAGCCCACGCUGGUGACGCGCAGCGCCGCGAUGGCGGCGGCUUUCGAGCGGUGGCCGCUGGCGCUCGGCCAGCUGAGUUCGCUCAGCUCCCAUCGGCCCAACCUGGUGAUCUUCAAGACGGUCCUCGGCUCCUGCGCCGCUGGCGGCUGGCAACCGGCACUGGCGCUGUUGUUCCAGGCCGCGCCGCGGCACCUCCGGUCGCUGCCGUCGCGGAGCUGCAGCGAGGCGCUGGGGGCCUGCGCCCGGCACGGCGAGUGGCAGCAGGCCUUGGCGGCCUUGCGGGCCCUCGAGGAGUUGCAGGUGGAGCUAAACGUGGUGAGCUACACCAGCGCCAUCAGCGCAUGCGCAGGCCAAUGGGAGCAGGCGCUGCUCGCCUUUGAGCACCUCCGGUCCAGCAUUCAGGCCAGCGUCGUGAGCUACAACUCCGCGAUUUCUUCCUGCGGUCCGUUUGGCCACUGGCACCGCGCGUGUCAGCUCUUGGGUGAUCUUCAGAUGGCGCGGCUGGCCGCCGACGAAGUGUCCUAUGGCGCCGCCGUCCAUGCCUGCGAAGUGGCGGGUGACUGGGAAUCAGCUCUGCACCUCUGCUGCCAGCUGGCCAGCCGCAUGGGGCCGGAGGCAGUGAGCUGGAGCGCCGGCAUCAGCGCCUGCGGCGCCUGCUUGCAGUGGCAGCACGCACUGGCGCUGUUUGGUCAGCUCACGGAAGAGCUCGGGGAGGACGCCAUCGCGCGGAAUGCCGCCAUCAGCGCCUGCGGGGAGUCGGGGCAGUGGCAGCGCGCCCUGAGCCUCUUGAGGGCUGCGCCUGGUCCAGGCACCGUCACCUUCACCGCGGCCAUUUGUGCCUGCGGGGCGCGGUGGGAGCACGGUUUGGCCUUGCUGCGGGACAUGCAGGAGCUUCAGCUGGAGAGCAACCUCUUCAGCUUCAACGCUGCCAUGGGCGCCUGCCAAGCGGCGGAGCAGUGGCCUGCCGCCUUGGCCUUGCUCGAGGAGCUGGCGGAGCGUUUUGGGGGCGGCGACAUGAUCAGCCACUGCGCGGUCUUGGGCGCCUGCGGCGAGCGACAAACGCAACGGUUGCCACUGCUGCGGGGCUUGAGGCAAAGGCUCCUGCUCAGCCUGCGUGAAGUGGUUGCGCGAGAAACGCGGCUGCCAUAGAAACCCAUGGUUGAAAUUCUGCAGGAAGUUAGUUCAACCCCCCCC